UACUACUGAAUCAAACAGUAAUAAAAUAUUUCACUGAUGAAUCAGUGAUUGAACAGAUUUUGACUAAUUAAUUCAGUAGUUUCUUGUUACUGAAUUAAAUCAGUGAAUUCAACGCAGGCGCAGAAGCUAUUGACAGAAGAAAUUAGUUUUCACUUACCAACGCGUGCGUCAAAGCGUCUGUUUUGUGUUUUUUUCUUUUGCACUUCGUGAUGGUAAAUAAAAUUGUUUAAACUGUUGCAAAAUAGUUCGGAGAAAUACAAAUAGUGUUAUUCAUACAAUUUGGAAAUAAAAAAUGAAUUUCGAGAGCUUGACGGUCGAGGAGCUAGCGACUCACUUAAUAAAUGGCCAUAAUAUUGAUCAGGAAACAAUUGAGAUCUUGAAAGACCAGUAUAUUGAUGGAAGCAGUUUCUUAGAACUAACACUAACCGAUUUAGUGGAUUUAAUGAAAAUAAAAAUUGGACCUGCAAAAAAAAUACAAAAAGUAAUUAAACAGAAUAAAGGAGCUAACAUGCAAAUGGUCGAAAAUGUGAUGGAGUUUAUUGUGGAUCCACAAACUGGAGCAUUAGAUGAUGUCCCUCCUGUUGCAAUUAAUGUCCCUCAAGCUCCACAACAUAUUAAUCGACCAACAACUGGGGAAGAUAUUCCAUUUUCAAAAUAUACAACAGUCAGGGAAACACUGGAACAACACACUCAAGGAAUUUCUCUGAUAAGUGCUAUUAACAAAGGUCAUUUUGGGGAAGAAGACCGACGUGCCUUGGUACGAAUAUUGGUUUCGGAAUUGAUAAGCAAAUAUGAAAAUCUAUAUCCUCCAGAUGACGCUAAAUGGGCUUUAGCUAAAGCUAUAGUUAGGGAAUUUCCUUCCUUAAGAGAUGUGAGUGUACCUGGAUCAGCGGGAUGUGAACACUUUUUUGAUAAAACAACCAGAAAAGGAUUUCUAGAGUUUAGACUCUGGAAUGCUCGAAAAGUUGUCAGCCCUUCAAAAAAAAAAUAUGUCACAACAAAAAAUAAAAGUUCCAGGACGAAGAAGACAAGUGAUGCAACUGUUGCUGAUGUGGAUAAUUUGUUGCUUCCGGAAGAAUUAGAAGAAAAAAUAACUUGGAUGCAACUCACUAUGCCUCGUGUUGAUAAAAAAAGGGGGAUAACUGAUUGUUUGAUGGAAACUUAUAAUGACAGACGCAACUGGAUUAAAACUGAAAUCCCUACGAUUCAUGACAUUAUGUCGAAAUACCCACGGCUGUUUGAUUUUAAUGGAGAAAUGAUCGAAUUGGAGUUCAUAAAGUUAUUUACCGAAGAAUUAAACAAUAAUUUUUUGGCUCGUUUCCCAACAUACUACACAGAAAUUAUAAUUGGAUAUUGCAAAACAAAGCGUCCCGAUAUUUUUCGGAAAACUUCUGUGUUAAAAGACGAAAAUUGGAAAGCCUUAGCAAUUUUAGAUGCACUGCUGCCUUCUUCUAAUUUUAUAAAGAAAAGAAAAGCCAACGAAAUUUCCAAAGGCAAAAAAAAGGCCAAACUUUCAGAAAAUCAGGCACAAGAAAAAAUAGUAGCUGAUGUCUGUUCAUCGUCAAACAGUUUUCCAAACCCAGAUUUAAUUAGAAUUCUCCCGGAAGGAACAAAUGUUACUGAUUAUAUUCAAAACGUAAUUAAGGAAGCAAGUGGAAGUCUUCAACCUUAUGUUUUAUGUGUGUCAGGUCAAAAAUUGGAUAAAUAUUUUAUCCAAGUCGAUGGAAAAUUAAUAGAAAUUGAUUCUAAUGCACACCCGAUCACUGCCUUUGACAUUCUUUUUAAAAUUCAUUUUGUGACAAAUGUUGAAUUUGCAGAUUCUCUUUUUUUCUUUUAUAAUUUCAUAGAAUAUUAUGUCUACAAAAGACAAGUGACAUUAAAAAAUUCUGUUGCGUCAAUGCAUUCUUCACUCAAUAAUUUUAAGGAACAAAACUAAAGACAAUUUGAUUGUUUUAAUUUUUAAAA